GUGACGGAGCUAGGGACGACGCGGAUACUACUGGUAUCUUGGAAGCCCGAAAGAGUGACGAAGAAAGAAGGAUACUCGUUUGCUUCACCGAGGAAGUCGUGUCGCUGGAACGAUGAAGAAAGUAAAAUGGUUCAAAUCAAAACCCUCUGCAGACAAGAAACAAGGCCAGCGUAAGAAAAGUCGGGAUCACGAUGAAUCUUCCGACCAAGUGGAGACUGCUCGCAAAUCGAUAGGCGAUGGGCCUUCCGACGUUGUGGACGCCAUGCCUGCAGGAGUCUUCGUCCCUGGAAAAACACAGUCGAUGCCGAAACCUACACCUACACCGACACCGACAUCUUCCGCCAACAUUCUGCCAAACCCUGGUGUGUCCCGCGACGGUGAGGAGUAUUCCAUGUGCAGACAGAAACGCGGUGUGGCCAUGAUCUUCAGCCAUGAGAACUUCGACCCUAGAGCAUACGACGACGAGCUACACCAACUUCCGGAUAGGAAGGGUACACAGAUCGACAGAGACGCACUCCGCCACACUUUCGAAGACCUUGGCUUCGAUGUCCGCUGUUUCGACGAUCUGUGUUAUUACCAAAUAAAUAACGAACUCAGAGGGGUGGCUCACCAGGACCACAGAAACUACGACUGCGUCGCAGUGGCGGUGCUCACCCACGGUGAGAGGGACGGAAAGCUGCACGCCAAAGACCGGGACUACUACGUCAGCGAGCUGUGGGAGCCGUUCACAGCCAGGCAGUGCCCCACUCUCGCCGGGAAGCCAAAGCUCUUCUUUAUACAGGCGUGCAAAGGAGAUGGCCUCGACCAGGGCGUCAACGUCAGCAGCACUCUACGAGAUGUUGCGGACAGUUCACCUGUGGUAUUCAGCUACCCAGUGCCUUCUUAUGCCGAUAUCCUCGUCUCCUACUCGACAUUCGAAGGCUUGUACUCCUACCUCAACACAAAAAACGGUUCAUGGUACGUGCAGACACUAUGCUCCCAUCUGAAAGAGCACGGCAAAACCAUGGACCUCAUGUCGUUGCUCACUGAAGUGAAUCGCGUAGUGGGUCAGGAGUUUCGCGUCAAGAACAAGUCGGAGCCACGCCUGCAGGGCAUGGUGCAGGCCCCCUCCUUCACAUCGUCUCUGACGCGGCGCCUCCGCUUCCGGUAGGGUGGCCAUCCCUGCCGUCACUGACCUCGACUCGCCACUACCCUCUGCCACCACUGGAGCACCCGCUGACAGAUGGAGUCUGUCAUAUCACCGAGGACAGUCUCCGCAAAAUCAUCGUCAAAUAUCUCACACUGUUUGAUAGAUUACUUGCUAUUUCUGACUGAAUUUAGCUCCUUUUGUGGAACUUAAUACACUACAAUUUAUCUAAUUUUUCAGUUUUUUACUUAAUUCAAUUUAUUUAAUUUUUUAAGUUUUAUGUAACUCAAUUUUUUAUGAACCAUGUGUAUGAUACAGUAUAACAAUAUAGACUAAAAUGAUUUACAAGAUACUUAUUUAUUAUUUAAAUAUGUCUGUAGGGUGACUAUUUAUAGAGGAACGUACUUUGUGAGAUGUUUAACUCUGCUUUAGUUUUGCAUCAUCUCGCUUUUGACUGAUUUUAUGUUUCCCAUAUCGAUUUCCUCUCCUAAGUAAAUCUCUUUUUCUCAGAGUAGCACUUGCCUCCAUUGGGCUCUAUUAUUUAAUGUAUAUCUUCCAAUUUACAAUUUUUUAUGUCUACAGUUCCAUCCAGUACCUUACAAGCUAUUUUCUGAUAUCUCAACAUAUUUCACGUCAUAUUCCUUAUUGGUGUUAGUGUUUUCCAUUAUUUUCCUCUACUAUCCUACUGACAACCUCGUCAUUCAUUAUCCCAUCACUCAGCAAGUUUUUCAGCAUCCUUCUACAACAAUACAUCUCAAAUGCUUAGACUCUCCUUUUUGUGAAUAAUGUAAAAAAGUUAUCAAUUAACAAAUGUGUUCACACAUAUAGUGGGCAUUAUGUGGGGGUCUGUGUUUCCUCCUAGAUGGUGCUAUUAUCAAUGAAAUCCACACGCAGAAGUUUUAGUUUUCCAAAUGAGAGCUGCCAUUUCUUAAUUAAGACGAAUUCUAUACCUUACAUGUCUGUAUUGAGCUUGGAAUAUUGUUUUUCCAGUUUUUGAUAGAUGAAACCAGGUUUACCAGAAUUAAAUAUAUUCACAUGUCUUACUUUAAUUGAAAUCCGCCGUCUUUAAUUCCCAAACAAGAUACAUGACAAAUGAAAUAUCGAUAUGUUACUUUAAAUACUUUCUCAGCGGAUGGUAAUUAUAUGCCAAUAUUUUCUUGCUGCAUACAUCAAAACGAUACGGCAGUCUCAUGUAUGCUAAUAUUCGUUGCUCAUUAUUGAAGUUUCUUGGAAAACACUGCAGAAUCGGGCAUUGGGGCUAAUAUACUAAUUUGGGGAAAGUAUUCAGCAACAAUAAUUUGGAUUUUCUGCCUUGAGUAAAAAGGACUGCACCUUUAGUAGAGGUCUGAAGAGCAUCUAUCACUUUUCCCAUAGACUUGUUUUGCGUAUGUGAAUUACUAUGUUAUUCUGUGGUUUCUUCUUUAGCAUCACUGAUUUCCUUCAUAAUAUAUGACAUAAAUCCACUGCAUGUUGUAAUGUGCUUAAUCUUAGCAAAUCCUCUAAUGCACGAUUAUAUUAGUUAUCAAUUUAUAUUACCCAUAUUUGCGAAUUUUGUUACUAAUUUAUUAAUUUAUACUAAGAAACUCUACUUAGAUUGUGUGAAAUAAUUAAUAUUUUCAAUCUAUCUCAACAAGGCACUGUGCUGGGUCUUUGUAGAUGUUCAACAAACAAAUGAAGACACUAGAUUUUUACAGUAAUGUUAAUAAAAAAUUAUUUUAGUGAACUUGAGUGAACUCGCUGAUAUUUUUACAUUAUAAAAAUCUAAAUUUUGA